CCUCACGCCCUCGCGAUAGAAAGAAACCCCUGUUGUUAAUGCCAUCCAACCCGCUUCCUUCUCUUAUCUUUCCCUCCUCUUGCCCGUACUCACGACAAUCUCGCACUCGCUCCCAUGUCUCGAUCACUUCCUGAGCUGGUGAUUCCGAAUCCGUCCGGCAGCUGCUGGACCUGCAUCGACGAAGGCCUCGCCAUCUGCGACAGGAAGCUUCCCGCCUGCAGCCGCUGUCUGGCCGAGAAGAGACACUGCGCAGGGUAUCACGUCCGGCUGUGCGUGUUAGCAAGGCCUAAACAUGUCUAUCGACGUCCCUCUGCCCCCUCAACCGUCUCUUCGCUGGGCCUGCCACCGAAGGAAGAUCGGCUGCUACGGCACUUUACCAAUAACAUUGCCCGGGUGAUCAUCGCGGUCGACUACGACGGAAACGGGUACCGUCGUCUCGCAGCCAUAGCCCUGGCGGAUGACGCGCUCCUCAACGCCCUCCUGGCCCUCUCGGCAUCCCACCUAAACCGCUCGCAGAAGCGCACAGACAACACGCCCAGACUAUACCUGCGACAGGCCCUGCAGCACUUGCAGACGCGCCUGCAGAAGCCAGCGCAGUCGCGGUCCGAGCUGACCAUAACGACCAUGUGGAUAUUGCUCCUGUUCGAACUCUGGGAGGAUGGCAGGGAAUGGAAGCGACACUACGACGGCAUCCUAGCUUGGAUCCGUGGCCGGGAUGCCGAUGGCAGCAUGGACGGAUUCCUGACUAGUGCCGUUGCUGCAUCGGCACUCCAAGUGCUCCUGCACAGCUCGGGCGCUACGCGGGAGCAGAGCUUUCGGUUUCUAGACUCCGUGGCCAUGCAAUGCCAGGAGGGCACUAUCGAUGUUAUAAUCGGGUGCUCACUGGACACUCACAAGCUGAUCAUGGAAGCGGCGCAUCUGCACGAGAAGAUGCGGCUGGCCAAGGUUACGCGAGAGGAGAAGCUGCUACAAAGGGCCUACCACGAGUCGGUAGAGCUACAAAGCCGCAUCCGCACAGCGCACACGCCGCUCGUGACGAGAUUCAGCUUGCUUGCCUACAGCCGCUCCCAGUCCGCCCUCUCGCCGGCCGACCGGCUGGAAGAGGCUUCGGUGCACGAGGCAGCCCGGGCGGCAGCCGAUAUAUUCAGGCUCGCGCUGCAGGUCUACGUGUACCGGAUCGCGCAUGAGCCGACGACCGACUGUCCGACGGAGAUCCAGGACGUCAUCAACUCGGCUUUCGAACGCCUGGCUCUCGUCCCGGAUACGGUCGGGCCGGGCGUCUUCCUGGGCUGGGCCCUCGUCGUGCUGGGGUCCGAGAUUGAUGCCCUGGACAGACGGGAGCACAUCAAGCGCCGGCUGCAGAGCUUGACCCUGCUGGCGCUGAACCAGGGGCUGCUUGGUCUACGGGUUCUGAAGGAAGUAUGGCGCCGUCGGGAUGCACGCGUCACGGGACGAGGCAUCAAGAAAUGCAGAUGGCAAGAAGUCAUGGAGGACUUGGGCAUAGAUUUAGCCUUAGUAUGAGUAGAUAUUUAUCAUACAUACAAACAGACAGACAGACAGACAGAUAAUCUACUCCUGCUUCUUUCGCUGCAGGGAAACCCGCAU